AUGUCUAUGAUGUUGGAAGAACAGCCGGCCUUUUCUCCCCCUUCAAACUCUGGUCUUUCUGCCAAAAACUCAGCACCGAUUCGUUUAUAUACCGUACGAAUUUGGUUUUCUCCUAAUGGACUCACACUUAUGGAAGACAUCAAAAAGAAGGGCCUUGAAGACGUGGUUGUUGAUGCCAUUGCUCUUCAAGAACUUGACAUUCAGCAUCAAGCCCACGGUGACUAUAGAACCACGAAGGAACCAUUCCUAGUGGAUCUUGCGGUACUUGAGACUGGUAUUAUACGCGUCGUGGGGAAGUAUAGGAUUAUGAAAUUCGUUCCUCUAGGCAGCGAUGAUCCGAUUAUUUCGCAACAACCGGCAAAAGAUCUCGACUCAAAGAAAGCUCUUGGCUACCAACACCUAUACUCAAAGUACUUAUAG